AUGUUCGAACGAAUGACUGGAAAUGGGAAUGGCAACAAAAUGAAUAUGCGAAUUUCCAUAUUGGAAGAUUUACUCUCGCGGGAAAUGGAGACGAGCAGCGACGGAACGUCGGCAAGAGUAAACUCGCUGAAACAAGUGAUCAAACGGAAUAAAACAGACAUGGCAAAUGAUGCGCAGACGUCGCUGGACCUGAUGCGAAGGAUAUUCCAAACGGAAAUGACGCGUGAGAUCCAUCAAAUAAUGGAUCGACACACGAGAACCACUCUACUUCCCGCAAUUGAAAACCUCAGAAGAAACGGGCAUGUUGUCGAUGAAAGUGUCAUUAAUGGGCUCUAUGUGAGCAUUUUGGAAAACGCGAAAAAACCGUUUUUGAAUUUGGAUUCGGAGCCGGUAAUCAAUAAUAAUUCGAAUGAGACGUUUGUCGAUUUUCGCAAUGGCAAUAAUCAUCAGGAGAAUAAUUUGAAAAGGGGAUAUGAAUCAGAUGGCUCUGACGUCAGCGCGAUCAGUCACAAUUCAGAAGCGAAGCGGCGGCGUGGCCGACCUCGGAAAGACGAGGAAGCAUAUCGAUUGGAGAUGGCUCCGCCGACAAUGAACGAUGUUCUUCGAUGGAAUCCGGAGAGGAUUGAUUUUGCCACAAGAUUUAUAACAGCGAGCAAGGUUGCCGCUCUUCUCAAUCUCCCCGUCUCCAUAUUAUUCAACAAAUUCCCUCGAAUUUUCCGAUAUUCUUGCGACGAGGACGACAAAAACGCACUUCAUGAGGAGAAUCGCCUCCUGCGUGCCCCCGGUCGUUGCUAUCUUCUGAAUGCCGAAGACGCGAAGCAGCUCGUGAGCCCAACGGCGAUGCAAGAAAUAAUGGCGAACUCGUUCAACAUCAAUGAGCCGCUCUUGUCGAAAAUCCGCCAGAAGGCGUUGCCGACGUUCGAAAAAUACAAAGCAUGCAUUCCAAACUAUAUGUAA